AGAGAUUACACUACUCUUCUUCCUCAUGUAAACUCUCUCUCUCUCUCUCUCUCUAUACCAUUCUUUUCCCUUUCUUCUAUGAAUUUUGAUUUUUCCCCUUUUUAAUUUUAAUUUUUUCAUUUCUGUAACUUCUCGUCAAAGACAGAGAGGGGGAAAAUACAAAAGAAGUGAAUAAAUAUAAAAAAAAAAACUAAAACGAUGGAGUUUGGUGGUGGUACUACUACAACCGCAUCCACAACAUCAGAGGCGCCGCGACCGCCACAAUCCAACGAUGCGGCCGCCACCACAGAAGCUGCGGCAGCGGCAGCAACGGUUGGAGCGUUCGAGGUGUCGGAGGAGAUGAACGACCGUGGUGGAUUCGGAGGAAACCGGUGGCCGCGGCAGGAAACGGUUGCGCUGCUGAAAAUACGAUCUGACAUGGGAAUAGCGUUUCGAGACGCUAGCGCUAAAGGUCCCUUGUGGGAAGAGGUUUCCAGGAAAAUGGGGGAACUUGGUUACAUAAGAAACGCAAAGAAAUGCAAAGAGAAAUUCGAAAAUGUUUACAAAUACCACAAACGAACCAAAGAAGGUCGUACCGGUAAACCCGAAGGCAAAACUUAUCGCUUCUUUGAUCAGUUAGAAGCUCUCGAGACUCAUCAUCAUCAACAACACCAACCACCUCAACCGCAAACGCAACCGCCUCUACGACCUCACAACAACAACAGCUCCAUGUUCUCCACUCCUCCUCCGGUAACAACAACUAUUAUCCCCCCGACAACUACACCUUCGUUUCCAAACAUCUCCGGAGACUUCCCCUCGGAUAAUUCGACAUCUUCUUCCUCUUCUUACUCCACUUCCUCCGACGUGGACAUUGGCGGCGGAGGAAGGAAGAAGAAGAGGAAGAGGAAGUGGAAGGAGUUUUUCGAGAGGCUUAUGAAACAGGUCGUUGAUAAGCAAGAGGAGCUUCAGCGUCAGUUCUUGGAAGCUGUUGACAAGCGCGAGCGCGAGAGAUUGGUUAGAGAAGAGUCUUGGAGAGCUCAAGAGAUCGCGAGGAUCAACCGCGAACGCGAGAUCUUGGCUCAAGAACGCUCCAUGUCCGCGGCGAAAGACUCCGCGGUCAUGGCAUUUCUCCACAAGUUUUCGGAGAAACCUACCGUGCCACCGCAACCGCAACCGCAGGUUAAUAACAACAACAAUCAGCAGCAAACGUCCCAAACGCCUCAAACGCCCCAACCGCCGCCUCCUCCACUUCCGCAGCCGGCCUUAGACACUGCGAAAACGGACAAUGGCGAUCAGAUCAUGACAACUCCGGCGUCUGCUUCCUCGUCUCGGUGGCCGAAAGUGGAGAUAGAGGCGUUGAUAAAGCUGAGGACGAAUCUCGAUUCAAAGUAUCUAGAGAACGGACCAAAAGGACCGUUGUGGGAAGAGAUAUCAGCGGGGAUGAGGAGGCUAGGAUUCAACAGGAACUCAAAGAGAUGCAAAGAGAAGUGGGAAAACAUAAACAAAUACUUCAAGAAAGUGAAGGAGAGCAACAAGAAACGCCCUCAAGACUCCAAGACUUGUCCUUACUUCCACCAGCUUGAUGCUUUAUAUAGAGAGAGGAACAAGUUCCAAACCACCACCAACAUCAAUGUAGCUUCGUCUUCCUCAACUAAACCGGAUAAUUCGGUUCCUUUGAUGGUCCAACCGGAACAGCAAUGGCCUCCUGCAACUGAUCAUCCUCCUCCUGGUGCUCCUGCUCAGCCGUUGGAUCAGAGCUUUGAUGAUGAAGAAGGCACAGAUGAAGAAGACUAUGAUGAUGAGGAAGAGGACGAAGAGAAUGAAGAAGAAGAAGGUGAGUUUGAGCUAGUGCCGAGCAAUGAUAACAAGACGACGAAUAAUGUGUGACGAGGAUAAUGGUUCAGGGUUCGAACAGGAUUGGUGGUGAAAGAUUUAGUAAUCUUAAUUUUAAGUUUUGAUACAGAAGAUGAGAAUUUAAAUAUUGGAUGGGGGUGCCUUUUUUAUUAUCUUUGAUUUUUAAGUUAUACUGAGAAAAAGAAAUUGAGUGAGUUUAAAAAUAAAUAAAUGUGAUUAUUAUUUUUU